AUGGCACCCCAACCCCAGCUUCCUCAUGCUGCGAGUUCCAGCUACGCACAGUGCCUGCAUCUUAGAAUCAGACCUGCGAUGGGUUCAUCAAAUCUAGACCAGUCGGUACAUGCCUCCUCACGGACUUUGGCGAAUCGACCAUGGCUAGACCCAACGCUGCCUACCGAACAACGAUUGCAGCUGUUUUUGGAUCAAUUGAACAGCACUCAGAAAUAUGCCAUGGUUCAAGGCGAUACCGAGCUUGAUGAUAACGGAACUGGGGUCAAUCCUUGCAUAGGACACAUCUCCGGCAACGAGACACUCGGAGUACCCUCAAUCUGCAUGGGAGAUGGCCCAGCUGGAGUCGGAAACAACUUGAAUAACGUCACCGCUUUCCCGGCCCCAAUUGCCGCCGCAGCUUCGUGGAAUACUACUCUCGAAUAUGCUUACGGCCAAGCAUUAGCCCAAGAGCACAUGGCAAAGGGCCGCAAUGUCGUUCUGUCGCCGACUAUCAACAUCCUCCGGUCGCCACUAUGGGCCCGCGCAGCCGAGACCUUUUCAGAAGAUCCGUGGUUGACUUCACGAAUGGCUGUAGCGGGUGUCAUGGGCGUUCAGAGUCAAGGAGCUUUAGCAUGUCCCAAGCAUCUUGCUGGAUACAAUCAAGAUACUAAUCGCUUCGGGGUCGGCCCUAACUGGGAUACCGUUGACGUUCACAUCGACGAGCGGGUGCUACAUGAGCUGUACUUGCCUGCCUUCAAGGCAUCUAUUCAAGAGGCAGAUGCCGCUUCUGUCAUACAAGAUUGGGGGUUUCAGGGUUUCGUUGUCGCUGAUUGGUAUUUUUCCACACGCAGUACGGUCGACGCCGUCAUGGCUGGGCUAGAUAUCAGCAUGCCUGGAGGUUCUCUGGAGAGUUCAUACGGGUUUCCAGCUUACUACGGAGACCUUUUGGUUGAGGCUGUCGACAACGGAACCAUACCAACCUCGCGCAUUGACGAUAUGGUUGCAAGGAUAUGGCGAUAUAUGUUCAAGCUUGGAAUGGUCGACAAUCCAGUCACUGGAGAUGCAGAGUCGGUGGCAAGAACACAAUCUCACCUUAACCUGGCUCAGAAGAUGGCUGAGGACGGUUCCGUUCUUCUCAAGAACGACGACCAUACGCUACCACUCUCGCCACAGAAAUACAAGCAUGUUGCUGUAUACGGUGUUGACGGAACGAAUCAAAGCCAGGUUACGGAGAACCACGGUGGCUUCGUCAUCGACACGACAAUGGUAGUGCAGUCGCCCUUAGACGCAUUGAAGCAGCGAGCGAGCAAAGAAGGCAACAUGACAAUCACUUAUGCGGAGGCCUAUCCUGGUACCGGGCAGUUUCCAACGGCGCCUUUCAGCAUGUUCGUCAAUGAUGGCCUGAAUGUCACAUACUACACUACUACAGACUUCUCUGGACCUAUCAACCAAACCGACUUUGUACCCAACAUCACCUCAGCUUCAUUCCCCAAGGAGCUCUGGGUCUCAUGGCCGCAAGUAUUUUCUUGCGUCUAUGAAGGUACCCUCAAAGCUAACACGAGCGGGAUGUACCAUUUCUCUUUGACCGGCCAAGGAGAUGCCAUACUUUACAUCAACGGACAAGUCAUCGCCAAUAUGUCGAAAGCGAACUUUGGAAACACCAUCCAAGGCAUCGCAAGCUUGACAGCAGGAGAGGAAGUUUCCUUGUCCCUGAACUAUUCCAUGGGCUACUCGCUAUCCACUGGCGCAUAUGGGGUCACGCUGGGGGUCGACGUAGGCAACGAAGCAAGGGAUGAAGAAGCGAUUUCACUUGCAGAAAAAGCUGAUAUCAGCAUCGUCUUCGCGUCCGAUAGGCAUUCCGAGGGUGUUGAUAGCAACAUUGGCCUUUCUCUCCCAGGCGACCAGGACGCAGUCAUAUCACGAAUCGCCAAACGGUCAAAAAAGACCGUAGUUGUCCUCAACACCAACUCGGCCGUUCUCAUGCCCUGGAUCGACGAGGUAGACGCUGUAAUGCAGUCCUGGUAUGGAGGCCAGCAGAUUGGCCUGGCGCUUGAAAGAUUGCUGUUCGGCGAUGUCAGUCCGAGCGGAAAAUUGCCGGUGACGUUUCCCAAGACACUGGAUGAUGCCAUCAAGAUCACGUCAGACCUGAGUGUACUCUACGAAGAAGGUUUGAACGUUGGCUACCGGUGGUACGACGAGCACGAAGUCGAUGCGCUGUUCUCAUUUGGCCACGGACUCACAUACUCGACGUUUGAACUGGGUGAUCUCGCCGUGCACCUAGCAAACUCUACUGCCACAGCUGACUCUAAACGCGUCAUCUGUUCCACGACUUUGAAAAAUACUGGAACAGUCUCUGCGUCGGAAGUAGUUCAGCUUUACGUGUCGUAUCCGGAGGCAGCGCGCGAGCCUCCCAAGCUGCUCAAAGCAUUUGCCAAAGUGCACCUCGAGGCGGAUCAAAGUACAGAUGUUCCCCUGCAAGUGCUUAUGGAUGAUUUGAGAAUCUGGUCCGAGCAGAAGAAAGACUGGGAUUUUGUACAUGGCGAGUAUAGCUUCCUCAUCGGGUUCUCGGCAGGCGAUAUUAAGGUAGAGGGAAAGAUGAUUCUCUAG